CCGCGCACGCCCCAGCCCCGCCAGGCAGGUGGACGCGCAUGCGCAUUGCGGCGGCGCUGUCCGUUCAGCACCACGCGGAGCCGGGACCCGCCGGACCCGCCGCUGCCGGUUGUUUGCAGAUGCAGAAAGAGCAUCAGAGACUCUUACUGUAUUGUAGAGGUGUGUGCUGAGACACAGCUUUACACCAUCAGGAUGUCCAGUGAAGCCAGAAACUUAGGACUACAAUGGGCUGCCUGAGGAUGCAUCGCCUCUCAACUCAGACAUCUCAGGGGUGCCGGGAACCUGCCUUGCUGUGUCUGUGCCACCCUGCUGGGCUCCAGACCUGACACCUCUGUGCCCUCUUCCAGCAGGAUGGCCCAAGCGGGGGGACCUGUCCGCUUCCACCCCGAGGAGGGCUGUGCUGUCUCACCACCGCCAUUUGCCCACAGGGUGAGCCGGCGGCCCUGGCUGGCAGGGGGGAGCCUCGAGGCUGGGCGGCACAGCCCCCCACCCUGCCUCACCCCCAACCUCAACGCCGGCCGCCUCCACCUGCUGCGCAAGGGCCUGGCACCUGAUACCCGCCGCUGCCCCCUCGGCCUGUACAGCAGCACCGGCUCCUUGGCCCGCAGGCCGGCUGAGGCAGCACCCUUUGGCAAUGGGAGCUGCCCGGGCACAGGGCGACUGACUGCCCCCUGCACCCCACGGCGGGGCCGGCCUGGCCCAGCCAUCGCCUCCCUGGGCAGACGCAGCCCACCAGUGGCGGAAACCCCAGAGGGACACAGCUCUGUUGUCACCUUCCGCUUCAUUGAGAAGGCCAGUGUGCGGACCCUGGGGAGCCCGACAACGCCCCAUGUCCGCUGGGAGAAUGGCCCCUACAGCCUCAGCCGCAGCCUGGAGCUCACUGGGGACAUGGGAUCCCCCCAACCCCAGACCUUGCCCCAGGAGCGGCUCCUGCACACACUGAAGUUGGAGGCUUCCGCAUCUGACCCGCUCCUGGCUGGGGACAGGACCCGAGGGGGGACACGUCCCUGUGGGAAGGAGUUCUGUGCCAUCAACACCAGCUGCCUCUGCCGAUCCCUCACCAAUGGGCUGCCAGAGGAGUUCCCUACAUUCUCCAGAAGCCCCCUGAAGCCAGAGCCCCAUUCCCAAGGCAAUGCUUGGCUGUACCCCCGGCAGAGCUCGGCCCAUGCCCAGCGCAUUGCCAAGGCCAAGUGGGAAUUCUUCUAUGGCUCCUCAGAUGCCCCAAAGACAGGCUCUUCUGCCCCUGACUCCACGCCCUUGGCUGAGUCCCCCCACAAGUCUGUCUCCCCACUGCCUGCUAAGCCACCAGUGUCAGUACCUGAGCACAGCCUGAGCCACGUGGAAGUGGAGAUAGAAGUGUCUCCUCUGGGCAGCCAGAAGCCUGGCUCCUGUGAGACUGGGAUUAUAAGGAGGACAGUGAAGUACUCCGAGACAGACUUGGACACUGUUCCACUGAGGUGCUAUCGUGAAACCAACAUCGAUGAUAUCCUGGCCGAGAAGGAAGAAGUGGAUUCAGCAAUUGAGAGCCAGAAGGACAGUGAGAGCAACCCAAGCUUUGGGGGCACUCCAGGCAGAAGGAACAGCACACCAGAGGAGCCCCCCACCCCAGGCACUGGCUGCUUGAAGGAUGGGCUGCGGGACAGGGACAUGGACGAGGACAAUGAGGUGUUUGCAGCAAUGAAGAAGGAGAAUAGAGAAAGGAUCAUGGAUCGAGACACACAGGGUAUGCUCAAGUCUCCAGUGCCCUUCCUACUAGGGCACAGCCUCUCCAAGGAUGGCAUGGACUCUUUCAGCAAGCAUUUUGAGACCAUCAUGGAGUCCCAUCGAGCCAAAGGCACAUCUUACACCAGCCUGGACUCCAUUGACAUCCUUUCCUCCCCGGCCCGCACCCAUGGGACCUUUUUCACUUUUGACCUCCCAACUCUCACCCCAGAAAUACAGGGACAAAUCCGAGACAGCGCCAAGCUGAUUGAGGAGAACUUUGCUCCUCUGGCUCAUUUGGAGCCAGACUCUGGGACCAGUUCAGCCACAGAUGCCCCCUGGACAGAGAGGGAGGAGGAGCGGGGGAGAAGACGGAAGGGUGCUCGGCACAGCCCUUGCCACUUAGUGGACAGCUUUGGUACUCCCUUGGCCUCCAACACAAGUGACCAUCCCCAGAGCCAGCUGGUUUCAGACUCGGAGUCGGAGAUGGACAGCGUGGAGCAUCUGGUCCUGGGCAGCACGGACACCCUUUCCAAUGGGCACAAGGCUGACCUGGAGGCCGCCAAACGCCUGGCCAAGAGGCUCUACAACCUGGAUGGCUUUAAAAAAGCAGAUGUGGCUCGCCACUUGGGGAAGAAGUACGUCAAUGAGUUCAGCAGGAUGGUGGCAGGGGAAUAUCUGAAGUUCUUCGUGUUCACGGGGAUGAGCCUGGACCAGGCUCUCAGGUCCUUUCUAAAAGAGCUGGCCUUGAUGGGAGAGACGCAAGAGCGAGAGCGAGUGCUGGCUCAUUUUUCGCAGCGCUAUUAUGAGUGUAAUCCCAAUGCCAUCCCUUCAGAAGAUGGAGCCCACACCCUCACCUGUGCCCUGAUGCUGUUAAACACAGAUCUGCAUGGACAUAAUAUUGGGAAGAGAAUGUCCUGCUCUGACUUCAUUGGCAACUUGGAGGGACUCAAUGGAGGCACUGACUUCCCCAAGGAUUUGCUCAAGCCUAGAAGCCCAGAGCACGUCACAGAUGUUAAUGAAUUAAGCCUGACAAUGCAGUCGGGUCCUCGGGGGAGGAAGGUAGGAUGGGCCCCCACCUUCCAGCUUGGAGGCACAACAGCAGGGCUCAGACGCUCAGAGUGCUGGGCACUGUACGGCUCCAUCAAGAACGAGAAGCUGCAGUGGGCCAUAGAUGAGGAGGAGCUGAGAAAGUCCCUCUCGGAACUGGCAGACCCCAACCCAAAAUCCAUCAAGCGCAUCAGCAGCUGCAGUAACCCCUUUCUGGACUUCUCCCAGGACUCCAGCAUUGCCACCUACAAGCACGGGCUGUUAGUCCGCAAGAUCCAUGCUGAUCCUGACUGCAAGAAAACACCCCGAGGGAAGCGAGGCUGGAAGCCCUUCCAUGCCAUCCUGAAGGGGAUGAUUCUCUACCUGCAGAAGGAGGAGUAUAAGCCAGGGAAGGCGCUGGCAGAAGAGGAGCUGAAGAAUGCUAUUAGCAUCCACCAUUCGCUUGCCACGCGGGCGUCUGACUACAGCAAGCGACCCAAUGUCUUCUACCUCAGGACAGCUGACUGGAGAGUCUUCCUCUUCCAAGCACAGAACCCGGAACAGAUGCACUCAUGGAUCACACGCAUCAAUGUGGUGGCAGCCAUGUUCUCUGCGCCCCCUUUCCCCGCAGCCAUCGGCUCCCAGAAGAAGUUCAGCCGCCCACUGCUGCCCAGCUCGUGCACCAGGCUGUCCCAGGAGGAGCAGGUGAAGAACCACGAGACCAAGUUCAAGACAAUGUCAGCAGAGCUGCUGGAGCAUCGCUCCUCACUGCCUGAGAAGAAGGUGAAGGGCAAGGAGUAUGAGGAGCUAAAGCAGAAGGAAGAGUACCUGGAGUUUGAGAAAUCUCGCUAUGGCACCUACGCCAUGCUGCUGCGGGCCAAGCUGAAGGCUGGCUCCGAGGACCUGGCAGCAUUUGAGUCCACCCUGUUUGACACAGCGGGUGGGGAGGAUGAUGGCCUGAAAAAGUCCCGCUCCAGCCCCUCGCUCAACGCAGAGCCCUCCAGCACGGCCACCAAGGUGAAGCGCAAUGUCUCAGAGCGCACUGGCCGCCCCAGCCACCCCCAGAAGUCCUAAGGGAGGGGCAUCAGCCGCCUGUGCUGCAGCUCCAUUCCUGCCCCCCCAGCAGGGGGGUGGAGGCCGUGUGCCCGCCGAGACCCUGCAUGUGUCCGUCUGUUUGCGGCACAAGCUAGAGGGGGUGACAGCCCUUCUGCAGCCGCCAGCACCAGCCAUGCAGGGCCACGGCCCAUCCACCGGAGAUGAUGGCAGAGCAGGACAGUCCCUGGUCCUUGCCUGCAGGAGCUGCCCGCACCAUCGGCCCUAUCAGACUUGUUCCUGCCCCUUCUUGUCCUGCAUUUGGCUGCAGGACCUACUCUUCUGCCCCGGGAAAGGGGAACAACUGAAACCCACCUGCUGGCCUCAAUUCUUCAAUGGUUUUAAAAAAAAAAAAAGACAAAAUUGCAGCAAAACGAAGCCAGCGGCUGCUUCUUCUCCAGCUCCGUCGUGCCAUGGGGGUAGAUGGGAGGGGGCCAGUCCUAACCUGUCCCCUCUUCUGGGGCUGGUGGCCAGGGAAGCCAGGGCAAUGGCACUUGGUCCCCUCCCUGCCACCUCAGUCACCUCUGCACCCUCCCCGCUUUCUUACAACUUUUGAACAGUUUUUGUGAUACAGUUUUGCACUUUUAGUACCAGAUCGAGCUGACCACCAGGGAGGUUUUUUUGGGGCUACUUUUGAUGCUUUUUGAGAACUGUUUAAAAAAAAAACAAACAAACAAACAGAAACUCAGCCAUUUCCUGUAGGCACUGCAUUCUGGGGAAAAGAGGCUUUUACAAGGACCUGGGGCAAUCCAGCUCCUCCCUGCCCUGCAGCAAGCUGAGCAUGGGCUCCUGUGUGUGCUGCUGCUGCCUGCUUCCCCAGCUCCACUUUGGCACCAGCAACCCUUUGGGGAAACAGCCUUGUGGCUGCCAGCAACAAGGAGGCAGCCUUGGGAUAGCAGCACCCAUUGCUGCACUUGUGGCUGCAUGGGAUGCUGAUGGGCCGGUGCUUCAUGAACCCCAUUCCCCCUUGGCAGCCUGGACAGGCCCUGUUUGCCAUCUGGGAGUGAUCAUCGUCCUCGGGGCAUGUUGGGCAGCAGUGUAUAAGUACUCCCAGUGGGGCAGUGACCCCUGGAGCCAGGGCUGACAUGUGGGUCCCCACUGCCCUAUGGGUCUGGCACAGGCUGGAGCCAGCUUUCCUUCCCACACCUCUUCUCCAAUGCAUGGCCAGGGCCUCAGAGGCUGCCAGGAAAGCCUGGUCUGCAGCACUGCAAGGUCCUCAGGCUGCAGCAGCAGUGGUGCAGCCCCUUCCUCAGCCACGGGCUCCCUCCUUGCCAAGGAGUGGGGCAGGCUGGGGUGGCCUCCACCACUCCAGGGUGGGCUGAAGGAUGCUUGUCCAGAGCAAGGUGCAGGUGAUGGAGCAUGGCUUCAGGAUUGUCCAGAAAGGGGUCUGGGGACAGCAGAAGGGCUGUGAGCAGGGGCACACACGCAGUUCUUGGCUGCCUGGGACCUGGCUGGUUUCAGCACUGACUUUGCGAAUGUGUCAAACUUUUUAUUCUGCUCUUUUGAGUCUAUUGCAAAAACAAAACAAAACAAACAAACAAACAAAAAAAAAAAAAAGAAAAAAAGAAAAAAAAUCCACCCUUGCCCCAGGUGGCUCAGGGGGGAAAAAAACCUUUGUACAGCUUCUCUCGGUUACUGAAGUAAAACUCGCUCUUCA